GUUUGCCCUGUUUGCCCGCCCUGGGUCGAGAUAUUCUCAUAUCUGGCCCAGAAAGGAAAGCGACUCAAUCUCCAACGCCGCGACCACGAACUUAUAUCUAAAGCCAUCUUCACCACCUUCAGCAACACCCUGCGUCUUCUUCUUCCCGACAUCGCUUCAACCUCAUCUUCAACCUCACCUUUCCAUCCCUCUAUCUCAAUAGCCCUGGCCCCUUCUUGUGUAGCCUUAUGCGCUUGCAGAUAUUCUCGCAAACUUAUCAUCUAACUAAUCAUCCUAUCCAGAGCUAGGCUGGCUAGUUAACUUAGUGGUGGCUUCAUCAAAAGAUAACCCCCCCAUCCCAACGGUUCACCUGUUCGAUAAAAUUGAAACUGCCUUGCCACUACAUUACCUACUAUCAUCGUUUUGUUGGUUUUUGAACAGUAUUGGAAAUAUUCGUCCAAUUACCCGACAACAACUUAAGGAUUCGAGUAACGAACGACGCGAUAAUCGCUCGGCUGCUGGGAUAUUCUGCGGCCCGCACCCGCUCCCGGAUCGCACACGCUGAUAUCAGAAACCGAUAUUUUGAGCCUGCAUUCGACAUACCAUUUUUCACCCCUCCUAGCCUCAAUUCGUUUUAACUCCAUCCUGUCCUCCGUCCCGCGCGGUCUGGCUGUCUCAUAGCCUCGCACGUGUUUUCCGUUUUAUCUUAUAAUAUAUGCUGGCCAUGACGUCGCCAGGCGUCUCUCGAAAGAGACCCGCACCAGGUGCUUCUCCGAUGCCCCGUCAACAGAUAAUCCCAACAGAUCCCCAACUAUCCAACGACCAGUUCUUACAGUGGGGGCAGGCUGGUACCGCCCACCCAGACUCCUCCGCUUCUCUCGCCAGCUCCCCGCAAUACCCCUCCUCAGUUCCGCACCCAACUGACGUUGACCCUGUGCAUGCAUCAAACCAACUCACGCGGAGACCAGACCACCAGCUAGUCAGCAGAGCGCGUUUACACGACCCGAACGUAAUUUCAUUGAUGGAUCCAGCCAGAACGAGGACAGAUGACAGAGGAGAUCCUGGUACGGAAACGGAGGCUGAGCUGGCGCAACGUGCUCUCCUGGCAAAAAAGGAUGCUCAGGCAAAGAGGAAGCAGAUCCCGCCUUUUGUGCAGAAGCUGAGCAGUUUUCUUGACGAAUCGAAAAAUACCGAUCUAAUACGAUGGUCCGAGGAUGGCAAUUCAUUUAUUGUUCUGGACGAAGAUGAAUUCGCCAAAACAUUAAUCCCCGAGCUCUUCAAACACAAUAACUACGCCUCAUUCGUCCGCCAACUGAACAUGUACGGCUUUCAUAAAAAGGUCGGCCUCUCUGACAACUCUAUGCGCGCUAGCGAACGUAAAAAUAAGAGUCCCAGCGAAUAUUCGAACCCUUAUUUCAAGCGUGGCCAUCCGGAUCUCCUUUGGCUUAUACAGAAGCCCAAGAAUACGUCAGGUCAAGGCAGAGGGUCUAAAGGUGGACAGCGUGCCAAGAAUGAAGGUGAAGGAGACGAUGGAGAAAAUGAGGACUUUGGAGAAGAAGGAGGUGGUGCCCCGCACGAGCGGGCAAAGUUUCGUGGCCAACUGUCUAUCGGAGCCGGGGAGGGUACACUUGCAAAUGAACAAUUAGCCAAUGUCUAUCGUGAGCUCCAGAACAUUCGUCAACAGCAGCAAAUAAUAUCCUCGACUAUCAGCAAAUUGCGACGGGAACACGAGCAACUCUAUGGACAGGCAGCCACCUUUCAGGAACAACAUACUCGUCACGAAAAUUCUAUCAAUGCAAUACUCACAUUCCUCGCCACUGUGUACAACCGAAGUUUACAGGGCCAUGAAGGAGUUCAGGGGAUUGUUAACUCUUUUGCUGGAGCCAUACCCCAGGAUAAUACGCAGAGAAAUAUUGUCGACAUGGACGAUUUUAUCGGAGGUAUCAAUGCGGACCUUUCUGGCCAGCGACCUUUUAAGAAACAGCCGUUGCUGCUGAAGGCGCCUCCGGUUGUUAGCCGAGAUGUCCAAUCGCUACAUGGCAACACAAUAAGCCCGGCCUCGACUGGUAGCCAUUACGAUACCUCUCAAAGUCACAGACACCCAUCUGAGCACAAGAACAGCACAUCAUCUAGUAAUAUCGAAGAGUUGUUCGAUAGUCCGCACAAUUCCAUCUCCCAGGCACAACUUCCACACCGACAGGAACAACAACAUCCCAUACAGCACCAACGGACCGCAUCGUCCCAAUCUGCUCAUCAUGACCAAUCAACGCCGAAUUUCCCCCAGAGAGACAUUAUGUCUGUUAUCCAAAACUCUAACGCGAGGAAUAACUUACCGUCCAACCUAUCUGACUUCCCUAGAAUGCUUUCCUCGUUUGAGACGUCUGGGGGGAAUUCCCCUCUUACCGCCUCACAACGAGCUGAUAUGCUGCGCCUGAUUGCCAACCAGAACCAUGCAUCCGAUCCAACCACCACAUCAUCGCAAAACAACGCACUUAUCACGCCAACUCCACCGCCUAUGCCGGCAGGUUACCCCACCCGCCUUGCCAACACGCGAGCGGAAAUCGACAAUCUCGUGAAAAUGCAAGCAGAGCAAGACCGCUCCGUUCAGAAUCUCACAAACCUAUUACAGCCCCUGAGCCCCAACGGGUCAAUCCCGGGGCUUGAUGAAAACAGCCUGAAUUCCGGGGUCCCGCCACCUCCGUUGGAUCUAGACCAGAUUUUUAACAGCGAUUACUUCUCUGACUUCCCAGACAUGGAUAAGAGCGGAGACCUGUCUGGGUUCAACCACGAUCUCCAAAGCGGCCAAGAAAAGGAGUCUGACAACAAGAUCACCAGCCAUAACCAUAGCACCACUGGUAAUGAUACCCAUACGAGCGAUCUAUUCGAUUUCGACGCACUCCCUUCGGUUACGACUGGAGAUGUACUCCGUCCUUCUAAUGCGCCUGAUGAUACUCACCCAGUGCCCGGGUACUUUGACGAGUAUCCUUGUCUAAACGGCGGCAGCGGUAGCGGCAGCGGAAACGCGAGUGGCAGUGGCAACCUUGACACUUCGCGACUGGAUGAUGGCUCCGGCAGUCCUGAUUUCGGCGGCGGAAGAAGGGGAUCCGAUGAGGCUCGCAUAACUGAGACAUUUUCGAGCAGCGAGGCAGCCAGUCCUGCGACGACGAGUGUCGACGAGAGCUUACAAGGAUUCGAGGGGGUGAAUGGCAAUAAUGCUGGAACAAGCAUUUCCUCCUCAAACAAGAGGCGGAAGAGGAAUAAGUAGCGAACUGCACUGUUUCUGUGGGACACCAAAGGACCAUGUUAAUUUAGUUUUAUUCACAGGAGGGAAGGGGGAAAAAAAAUAAAAGUCGAACAAAGCCAAGUUGUUUUUUUUUUCUUUCUUUUGUCUUGGUUUUACGAUGACCUCUAGCAGAGUCUUGCCUUAAGAGGUCCCUUUUUUUUCUUUUUUUUUUUUCUUCUUUUCCGAUUUUUACUUAUCUCUUUGUACUUUUUUUACCCUUUUGGCUUUUAUUUUAUUUUUAUCUUUAUUUAUUUAUUUUGGUUUCUAAUUAUUACCCUGGGCGGCAGGAGAGACAAAGAGGGCAGAACCGGCGUUUGGACGGGAAAAAAAAAAAAAAAAAAAAAAAA